AUGAGUAUUGGAAUUGAUUUGGGAACCACUUUCUCGUGUGUUGCAUAUUAUCAGAAUGGACAAGUGAAUGUGUUGGAGAAUGAAAAUGGGUGUCGAACAACGCCGUCUGUGUUGGCUAUGACUGAAGAUGGGGAUUGUCUUAUAGGACAACAUGCAAAAGACGUGAUCACAAAAGCAACAAGUUCACUUUUUGAUGUAAAACGAAUAAUCGGCAGACGGUUUGAUGACGUUCUCCUUCAACGAGACAUGCCUCUUUGGCCGUUUCGGGUUGAGAAGGAUACCGAUGGAACUCCCUAUCUUCAAAUUCAAAAUGACGCUAAGAAAGUCAAAUUCUCAGCUGUUACAGUAUCCUCCUUGAUUCUGAAAUGUCUCAAAGAGAAUGCGGAGAGAAAGUUAGGUGUUGAAGUGAAAAGUGCAGUGAUUACGGUACCUGCUUAUUUCAAUGCCACGCAACGGAGAGCAACGGAAGAAGCGGCUGAAAUGGCUGGGUUGAAGGUGUUGAGGAUUUUAAACGAACCAACGGCAGCGGCAAUUGCUUAUAGUUUGAAGGGCCAACGCUUCUCCAGAAGAAAUAUAUUGAUAUAUGAUCUGGGUGGUGGCACAUUUGACGUAGCCGUUGUCAAUGUGGAAGGACCCAGGAUUACUGUAAAGGCAAAAGGAGGAGACACACAUUUGGGUGGCCAAGACAUUGAUAAUAUAAUAAUGAUCAAGAUUAUCGAAGAGUUUAAAAGAAGACACGGAAUGGACCUGAAGGGAAAUUAUCGGGCACUGAAAAGGGUCCGAAAAUCGGCUGAAACUGCGAAAAUCACACUUUCAGCUAGCAACGUGGCAAGAAUUGAGUUAGAAUGUUUACACCUUGGAAUUGACCUUACUAUGAAGAUCACUCGAUCAGAUUAUGAAUCUUGGAUCGAGAAUCUUCUAAUGGCCACGGUGAUCCAUGUGGAACGAGCCAUUCGAGAAGCGAAUCUGAAAAAGUCCCAAAUUAACGAAAUUGUGUUGGUUGGAGGAAGCACUCGAAUUCCAUUAUUGAAGAAAAUUAUCAAAGCAAGUUUCGACGACAAUACUAAAAUUUGUGAAUCCAUUCAUCCCGAUGAGGCUGUGGCAUAUGGAGCUGCUGUGAUGGCUGCAGUGUUGACAGGAGUGGAAGAAGUUCAAGACAUGCGCCUGAUAGACAUGAUUCCAAUGUCAAUUGGAAUACAGUGCAAUAGAGACUAUAUGUCGGUGCUUAUCAAGAAGGGUACUGUAUUUCCAUGCUUCAAAAAGAAGACGUUCAUCAAUAGUGAAGAUUUUCAAACACUCAUUAAUGUGCCAGUCUAUGAAGGCGAAAGAGUCCUGUGCUCCCAUAAUCGCCAACUCGGGGAAAUCAGUCUUCCAAUCCAUCCAAAGAAACGUGGCGAAUCUGUUGUAGACAUCACUUUGGAAGUAGAUCACAAUGGAAUCCUCCAAGCGACUGCGUUGGAUCUAAACACCAAAAAGGCUAUCACAACUACAAUUGUAUAUGAUCAUUGUGCUUUUACACAGCCAGAAAUAGACGAAAUUACUAGCCAAAGUGAAGAGGAUAGGUUAUUUGAUGAGACAUUUAGAUUACGGUACAAGCAAUUGCAAAAAAGUGAAGAUAUGGCUUAUGACUAUAAACAUCGGUUGGAGAAGAUUAGGGGCAGCGUUGAUCGAGAAAAAUAUUCAAAUCUUAUGGAAACGGUUGAAAGGGAAAUCUCAUGGUUAUCCGGGUUUCCGAAGGUUCCACCCAGUGAUUACAUCCAUAGACGAAGAACAUUACGAGUGAAAGUUUAUCCGACAUUAUUUUUGAAUCUGUCGUUUUACUAA